UGUGAUUUGUGUGUUCGCAGAUAAUAGAAACUAAAUGCCAGCUCGCAAAAAAAGUUUUUAUAUAUAUGUGUGUAUCUGGCGCCUUCUAUUAAAGGUUUCGGCAAUCUCUCAUGGGAAUCCUACCUGGGCCUGGGCGCAAAAAUCUCUGGGAUCUUCUGCCACACACGGACUGGGAGCGGGGAAUCGCUCACUUCGAGUACCUGUGUGCAAUUUAUCCCGAGGAUUAUAGUCGAGCAGAAUAUCCGGGUCGAAUGGAACUUUUCUGCGUUGAGCCCAGUACACAAGUGAAAUUGUUUCUAAAACGCUCUUUUCAUCUACUUUAUGAGCAAAAUGCCCAUUAAAUACGAAUUUCAGACAGAUUCCCGCCCAGCUCCCACCUCGCUUCCGAAUUGGAUCCAAAGCGUUAUUAAAUAAAAUGACAAUCGUGCUCUGAAUGUCAAUUUCUGACUCGGGGACAGAGAGCGCGAACAGACACGAUUAAAAAGGCUUUGACCACCCGCUGGUAUCUGUUUGACUGAAUCGUCUUGUUGAUGAAUAAUACCGGCCUGAAGAAGAUUUCAGUACAUUCCGAACUCAAAACCUUCCUCCGUGCUUUUUCACAAAGCGCCAGGACCUUCCACCCCGUAGAAAAUGUACCAAAGUCUGACACUGGCAGCGAACCACGGACAGCCCAGCUAUCCCCAUGAGGUUUCCGGCAGCUUCAUGCACUCUCCGACCGCCUCACCUGUGUAUGUGCCGACCACCCGUGUCCCCUCCAUGCUCCCCAGCAUACCGUACCUCCAAAACUGCGAGUCGGCCCAUCAGAGUCACCAUCUUACCAACCCGACCGGCUGGCCGCAACCAGGUACCGACAGCUCCGCGUUCAACCCCAGCAACCCUCAUCCUUCCACCACCUUCUCGUAUUCUCACAGUCCCCCCAUGAGUCACGGGGCCGGCAGGGAGGCGGCUUACAGUAACCCCUUGGUCAUCAGCGCGAGUGGCCGGGAACAGUACGGCAAUGCCCUGGUCAGGUCCGUCAAUGGAUCUUACUCCAGCCCGUAUCCCACCUACGUCGGCCCAGAGAUGACUUCGACCUGGCCACCUGGGCCUUUCGAGAGCAGCAUGAUUCACAGUCUCCAGGCCAGGCAGGUCUCUAUGUCUGGGAGGAGGUCCAGUCUGGAGAUGUUGGAAGAUUUCCCCGAGGGCCGGGAGUGUGUGAAUUGUGGGUCCAUGUCUACUCCCCUCUGGAGACGGGAUGGGACAGGCCAUUAUCUGUGCAACGCGUGCGGAUUGUAUCACAAGAUGAACGGGAUGAACCGACCGCUCAUUAAACCACAAAGGAGAUUGUCAUCAUCUAGACGAGCUGGUUUGUGUUGCACUAACUGCCACACUUCUACUACAACCCUUUGGAGAAGGAAUGCUGAAGGGGAGCCAGUGUGUAAUGCUUGUGGACUAUACAUGAAACUUCAUGGGGUACCACGCCCACUGGCCAUGAAAAAAGAAAGCAUUCAGACAAGGAAAAGAAAACCUAAGAAUGUUAGCAAAUCCAAGGGGUCCUCAGGGACAGCUUCAGGAACCAAUUCCCCAUCUUCUAUGUCGAACUCUGAAAAUGCAUCAACUAUCAAAACUGAAUCUGAUCUGGCCUCAUCUCCAUAUGCAGGUCAAACAGUUGUGUCUGUUUCUCAGGCUCCACCCACAGCUAUAUUAAGUCGAGAAGACUUGAACCGUGGUCCUUCACAAUUGAAAUAUGUACCAGAAGAUUAUUCUUAUACCUCAGCCACUGCAAUCCCACAGACUGGAGUUAAUGUUCCACUCAGACAAGACUCUUGGUGUGCUUUGGCACUGGCAUAAAGUAUGAUCUUACAAAUUUUCUACUUUUAUCAUUCAGAAGACCCAGAUACUCGAAGGAGUUGAAAGAAAUAACUUGAACCCAUAUAUUUGCAUUGCAUAUUUCUAAUUGGUGAAGUAUCGCAAAAAACUCACAUACCUGGCCAUCCCUACAAACACACUUGAUUCCGGAUGUAGGUACAAGCUUUAUUGUGAAUCAGUAAAUUUCGACAUCCCUGGCAACAAGCGAUCAAGUGAAAAGUAUGCUGUUCAUCUCAAAUGUGAAUGAAAUCAAAACCAUUCUUUCAAAGUGCCUUCUUGUGAACUAUUUGUGAGUGCAAUUAAUUUCAUUAGAUCAGCAGUGAUGACUGAUCCUGUUAGGCUGAAUAACUUAAUAAUUUAAUGGGAAAGUGUGAACAGAAAUUAUUGUAUGUUAUGUUGAAAUAUUGGUUCUUUUGAUAGACAGAUAUUUCACUUCUGCUUUGAAUAUUUUAAUGUUAUACUAAAAAGCAUUCAGUUCCUUUUUUGUAAUUGAACUGUUAAAAUAUUUUGCCUUUUCAAAAACAGAUGAACCAAUUCAUCUAUAAUCUAUAAAUAUAUAUUACAGUUCAAGGCUUCCAAUCUCUACACAGAAAUAUACAAAGGUUGUUAAUGGGGUAAAAAAAUGAACAGCAUUUGACGUGUAUAUUAUGUUGUAGAAAGGUUAUGUUAACAAUACAAAUGUUUUGCAUAUCCAAAAAAAUACACAAGUUGUAACUACCUUUGAGACACUGUUUUAAAAUGUGUUGUGAAUAAAAGUGUAACCAUGACAGCGUUUUUUUUAGCAAUUAUUACCAAAGAGCUAAACUAUGAACCAGGUACUUAUUAUUGAUUCAUGAGUGUUUAAGUUGAGCUAUCUUGAGGUGCAACUAAGAAUUUAAUCUGUAAACUGUAGACAAUAUCUCAUUUAGUACACAAGAUACCUCAAAAUAGAUUAAGACAGGUAUUUUUCACUUUUAAUCAUUUUCAUUAAAAAUGCUUCAUUAUGUGAUUCUUAUUUCAUCUCUAAUGGUUUAUUCUGAAUAUUUAUUAGCCAGUUCAAAAUUAUACAAGCAAACAUUGCCAUUACAUCAAUGGCAAAUAUCCCAUAAAUAUUUUGAACAAAAACAUAGGACAAAGAUCAGCACAGCACAGGAACAGACCCUUCAUCGCACCAAGACUGCACAACACAUGAUUCCUUUCUAAAAUAAAAACUUUCUGCCUCUACAUGCUAAUGUCCUAUGAUUUCCUGACUCUUCAUAUAUCUGUCAAAAUUUCACUUAAAAGAUGCUAUUGUAUCUGCUUCCACCACCACCUCUAACAACACAUUCCAGACUCUCACAACUCUCUGUGUAAAAGACUCGUGUCUCACUUUAAACUUAGCCUUUUUGCCUUAAACCUAUGUUCCUUGCUAAUUGACAUUUCUACCUGGGAAAAAGAUUCCAACUAUCCAUGCUAUCCUUCAACAUUAUAUGAAAACAGACCAUGUUUGUGUAAUUUCUCCCCAUAGAUAAUACCCUUGAAACUAUACAACAUCCUCGUAAAAUGUUCCUGUAUCGUCUCCAACGCCUUUACAUCCUUCCUGUACUGAAGGACCAGAACUGUACACGAUAUUCCAGAUGUAGCCUAAAUAAAGUUCUAUACAGCUGCAAAAUGACUUGCUAAUUUUCAUACUCUCUUCCCUGACCAAUGAAAGCAAGCAUGCUACAUGCUUUCUUGACCACCUUAUCCAACCUAUGCUGCAACUGUCAGGGGACUGUAAACCUGUAUACCCAUAUCCGUUGUUAUGUUAACUCUAUGAAGUGUUCUGCUAUUUGUUGUAUACCUUCCCUCCUGCAUUGGAUCUUCCAAAAUGCAUCACAUCCCAUUUGUCCAGAUUAAACUUCAUUUGCUAUUUCUCUGCCCAAGCCUCCAGCCAAUCUAUAUCCUGCCAUAUCCUCUGGCAAUCAUCCUCACUGUCUACAGCUCUCCCAGUCUGUGUCACCCACAAAAGUACUAAUCAGGCCACUUACAUUCUCCUCCAAAUAUAUGCUAAAUAUAUUGUUUACUAUUACAUAUAUUGUAAACAACAGGAUCCCAGCACUGAUCACCGGUCACAGCUCUCCAGUCAGAAAACACCCUUCCAUCUCUACCCUCUGUCUUCUAUAAGUCAGUUCUGUAUCUAUCUUACCAGUUCAUCAUCGAUCCCAACAACUGCUGCUAAUAAAAUAAGAUUCAGUAGAAAUCAGAGGAAUUGUUUUCCAAGCAAUUUUGUAAAGUACUGAAAUAUGGAAAGAACUGACUACUGCCAUAAAAUGACAUGAUAGUGAAGCUUGAGUUAAAUGUGGGUUCUCUUGGGUGAUAAAUGAUAUGGCAACUGUGUUUUUUUUAAUUAUGCAAAAUAUGGUGCCUAUUUGCUACCAUAAUAAAUUUAAAGCAAAUGAUAAAACUAACUGCAAAGAACUAGAAAGAGAUGAUUAGUUUUAGAAAAUACGUAACUGAAGUGAUUUGAGUAUCACAAUUUGCCUCCUGUUAUUGAUCUUCAAUUUACUGACUGUAUCACACAUUUUAUACAUUUUAUCUUAGUAGAGUGUUGUGCACAUUUCAAAGGGCUAAUUAGUUUAUGAUUGAUAUGGACAAGGAAAUUAUUACUUUCAGUGCUUUGGCUGUCAAAUGUUUCAUCCUUGUAAGGCUGAUA